UUUUCCACCACAAUCAGGUGUCGGAUCAUUCGAAUAUUGGGAACUCCUCAGGUGAAUGCGCUUCUCAUUGGCGUUGGUGGCAGUGGCAAGCAAAGUUUGUCUCGACUGGCAGCAUUUAUCUGCUCAUUUGAGGUGUUUCAGAUCACUCUGAGAAAAGACUAUGGGAUCCAGGACUUAAAGGUAGAUCUUGCCAAUUUGUACAUCAGGGCAGGAGCCAAGAACAUGCCCACCGUGUUUUUGCUGACAGAUGCCCAGGUUCUGGAUGAACAGUUUCUUGUGCUGAUUAAUGACUUGUUGGCAUCAGGAGAAAUCCCAGAUCUCUUCAGUGAUGAGGACACGGACAACAUCAUAUCUAUGGUCCGGAGUGAGAUCCGAAAGUUGGGCAUUAUAGAUACCCGAGAAAACUGCUGGAAGUUCUUCUUAGCCCGGGUGUGGAAACGACUGAAAAUUGUUCUGUGUUUCUCUCCGGUUGGCUACACGCUGAGGCGGCGAGCUCGGAAGUUCCCAGCCAUAGUGAACGGCACCGCUAUUGACUGGUUUCAUGACUGGCCUCAGGAGGCCCUGCUCUCUGUCAGCGGGAGCUUCAUUGAGGAAACCGAGGGAAUUGAGCCAGGUCACAAAGACUCGAUCAGCCUUUUCAUGGCCCACGUACACACCAGUGUAAAUGAAAUGAGCGCCAAGUAUCAUCAGAAUGAACAGAGGCACAACUACACCACGCCAAAGAGUUUUCUAUCGCAAAUCUGUCUGUAUAAGAACCUGUUGAAGAAAAAACAGAAAGAGGUAGCUCAGAGAAAGGAGCACUUAGUGAAUGGCACCCAGAAGCUUGAAACCACGACCUCCCAGGUAGAAGACCUAAAAGCUAAACUUGCUUCUCAAGAAGCAGAAUUGCAACAGAGGAAUCAAGAUGCUGAAGCUCUGAUUAUGAAGAUCGGGCUUCAGACUGAGAAAGUGAGCCAAGAAAAGGCCAUUGCUGAUACAGAGGAGCGAAAGGUGGCUGCAAUCCAGGCAGAAGUGUUUCAGAAACAGCGGGAGUGUGAAGCCAACCUGGUCAAAGCAGAGCCUGUGCUAGUGGCUGCCAGAGCUGCACUCAAUACAUUGAACCGGGUUAAUCUUACAGAAUUGAAAGCCUUCCCCAAUCCACCUGUUGCAGUUACCAACGUGACAGCUGCUGUGAUGGUCUUGCUGGCGCCCGGGGGCCGAGUGCCCAGAGACCGGAGCUGGAAAGCUGCCAGAGUCUUCAUGGGAAAGGUUGAUGACUUUUUGCAAGCAUUAAUUAACUAUGACAAGGAGCACAUUCAUGAGAAUUGUCUGAAAGUGGUUUAUGAAAACUACUUGAAAGAUCCCGAAUUCAGCCCAAAUCUGAUCCGCACCAAGUCCUUUGCAGCAGCUGGUCUCUGUGCCUGGGUCAUCAACAUUGUUAAAUUCUAUGAGGUGUACUGUGAUGUUGAGCCCAAACGCCAUGCAUUAACCCAAGCCAACAUGGAACUAGCUGCGGCCACUGAAAAGCUGGAGGCAAUCAGAAAAAAGCUCACGGAUCUGGACCAUAACCUGUGUGGGCUCAAGGCUGCGUUUGAGCAGGCGAUAACUGAAAAAGUCCGGUGUCAAGAAGAAGUAAACCAAAGCAGCAGGAAUAUCGGAUUGGCUAACAGACUUGUUAUGGAGCUGCAGUCCGAGGAAAUUCGCUGGAGUCAGUCUAUUAAAAGCUUUGAAGACCAAGAAAAGACGCUUUGUGGAGAUGUGCUCUUAGCAGCAGCGUUUGUGUCUUACAUUGGACCCUUCACAAAACAGUACCGCCAGGAGCUGAUAGAGAGCAAGUGGAUUCCUUUCCUCAGAGCUCAGAAGGUUCCCAUCAUGGAAUGCCUGGACCUGAUUUCCAUGCUGACUGAUGAUGCUACGAUCGCAGCCUGGAAUAACGAAGGACUGCCCGGUGAUAAAAUGUCAACGGAAAAUGCUACGAUUCUCACCAACUGUGAGCGUUGGCCCCUGAUGAUAGAUCCCCAGCAACAGGGAAUUAAAUGGAUAAAGAAUAAAUAUGGAACUGACCUUAAAGUCUUGCGUCUUGGCCAGAAAGGGUUUUUGAAUACCAUUGAAAAUGCUUUGGCCUCUGGAGAGAUCGUCCUAAUCGAAAACCUUGACGAAACUAUAGAUCCAGUCCUUGAUCCACUCCUCGGGAGGAACACCAUCAGAAGAGGGAAGUUUAUCAAGAUAGGGGACAGAGAAUGCAAAUUCCACAAGAACUUCCGUCUUAUCCUUCAUACAAAACUGGCCAAUCCUCACUACCAGCCUGAAGUGCAGGCACAGACCACCCUCCUCAAUUUCACAGUGACCGGGGAUGGACUGGAAGACCAGCUGCUGGCCGAGGUGGUCAGUGUUGACCGACCAGAUUUAGAGAAGCUUAAGUCCAUGCUGACCAAACAGCAGAAUGAUUUUAAGAUUGAGCUGAAACUUCUGGAGGAGGAGCUGCUGCUUCGUCUCUCUGCUGCAGAGGGUAGUUUCCUGGGUGAUGCAGAACUGGUGGAGAAACUGGAAUCAACUAAGACAACAGCAGCAGAAAUAGAAUGCAAGGUUGCUGAAGCAAAAGCCAAUGAAGCCCAGAUUAACGAAACCCGAGAAUGUUACAGACCAGUGGCAGCAAGAGCAUCUCUUCUUUACUUUGUUGUCCACGACCUCCGCAAAAUCAACCCCUUCUAUCAGUUCUCAUUGAAGGCUUUCAACACUCUAUACCACAAAGCGAUUCGGCUGGCUGAAAGAAACGAGGAAAUGCAGGAGCGCAUCUCAAACCUGAUGGAAAGCAUUACAUAUUCUGUAUUCCUCUUCAUCAGCCAGGGACUCUUUGAAAAAGAUAAGCUGACUUUCCUGUCCCAGGCAACAUUCCAGAUUCUGUUGAGAAAUAAAGAGAUAGAACUCCUCGAAUUAGAUUUCCUCCUUCGAUUCCCAGUGGAACACACUUACAAGAGUCCUGUUGACUUUCUAACUGCUCAGUCGUGGAGUGCCAUCAAGGCCAUCUCCCAGAUGGAUGAUGAGUUUCGGGGAUUGGACCGGGAUUUGGAAGGAUCUGCCAACCGAUGGAAGAAGUGGGUGGAAUCGGAAUGUCCAGAAAAGGAAAAGUUCCCUCAGGAGUGGAAAAAGAAAAGCUCCUUUCAGAAAUUAAUUCUUCUGAGAGCUCUGCGCCCAGAUCGAAUGACAUAUGCUCUCAGAAACUUUGUCGAAGAAAAACUAGGCGCAAAGUAUGUGGAUGGGACCAGGAUGGACUUAGUUAAAUUACUGGAAGAGAGCAGCCCAGCCAUGCCCUUGUUUUUCAUCCUGUCUCCCGGGGUAGAUGCUCUUAAAGACCUGGAAAUACUCGGUCAAAAACUUGGGUUCACUAUCGAUUCUGGAAAAUUUCACAAUCUAUCUUUGGGACAAGGUCAAGAGAAGGUAGCUGAGAUGACCCUGGAGAAAGCUUCCCAAGAAGGACAAUGGGUCAUUCUCCAGAAUGUGCAUCUGGUAGCCAAGUGGUUGGGGACCCUGGAGAUACUCCUUGAGCAGUUCAGCGUGGAGAGCCACUGUGAUUAUCGGGUUUUUCUUAGUGCUGCACCAGUGCCAGAUGAUCACCAAAUCCCUCAGGGACUCCUGGAAAACUCGAUUAAAAUCACUAAUGAAGCCCCUACUGGAAUGCUGGCCAAUUUGCAUGCUGCCCUUUACAAUUUUGACCAGGAUACACUUGAAUUGUGUUCCAAGGAGCAGGAGUUUAAAAGCAUCCUUUUUUCUUUGUGCUACUUUCAUGCCUGCGUUGCUGGGAGGUUGAAGUUUGGACCCCAAGGUUGGAAUCGCAGCUACCCAUUCAACAUCGGAGACCUCAACAUUUGUAGAAGUGUCCUCUAUAACUACUUGGAGGCAAACCCUAAAGUUCCCUGGGAAGAUUUACGUUAUCUGUUUGGCGAGAUUAUGUAUGGAGGACAUAUCACAGAUGUUUGGGAUCGCAAGCUGUGUCGGAUGUACUUAGAAGAAUUCAUGAAUCCGUCUCUGUGUGAUGGGGAGUUUCUCUUGGCCCCAGGUUUUGCAGCCCCAGGCAACUUGGAUUAUCUGGGCUACCACCAGUACGUGGAGGAGAACCUUCCUCCAGAAAGCCCGGUGUUGUACGGGCUCCAUCCAAAUGCAGAAAUAGGAUUCCUGACUGAGACGGCAAACAACCUUUUCCGGAACCUGAUGGAGAUCCAGCCCAGGCAUUGCUCAGUCCAGCAGGAGCUGGUACAGUUUAAAGAGGAAAAGGUUAAGACUGUCCUGGAUCACAUUUUGGAAAAACUUCCAGAGGAAUUUAACCUGGCAGAGAUAGCUCACAAAACCACAGAUCGCAGCCCGUAUGUUCUCGUCUGUUUCCAAGAAUGCGAGCGGAUGAACACACUAAUCCAGGAGAUCCGCAGGUCCCUAGAGGGACUAGAUCUUGGUUUAAAGGGGGAGUUGACAUUUUCUCCUGACAUGGAAGCUCUGCAGUUUGCAUUGACUUAUGACACCGUCCCAGGCACAUGGACCAAACUGGCUUAUCCGUCUACUUCUGGCUUGACUCAGUGGGUGACUGACCUUCUCCUGCGGUGUCGCGAGCUGGACACUUGGACACAAGAUCUUGUGUUUCCAGCUGUGGUGUGGCUCUCGGGUUUCUUUAACCCUCAGUCCUUCUUGACGGCCAUCAUGCAGAGCACAGCCCGCAAGAACAGGUGGCCUUUGGACAAAAUGUGCUUGACUGUAGAUGUAACCAAAAAAUCCAGAGAAGAUUAUGGCCACCCACCCCGGGAAGGGGCCUACAUUUGGGGACUCCAUCUGGAAGGUGCGAGGUGGGACGUCCAGGCGGGGGUCCUAGCUGAAGCCCGGCUCAUGGAGCUAAGCCACCCGAUGCCAGUCAUCUUUGUAAAAGCCGUGCCCGUGGACAGGCAGGAGCUCAGGCAUACGUACGAGUGUCCCGUGUACAAAACCAAGUCCCGAGGCCCCACCUACGUCUGGACCUUCCGGCUGAAAAGCAGACACAAGGAGGCCAAAUGGACGCUCACGGGAGCGGCGUUGCUGCUGGCAGUGUAGAACAAAGAACCACAGUGAGUGUCCCUCCGCGCUUCUUGCCUUUCGGGGGGCUCCCUCUUCGCUACCCGACUGACCGCCCUCUGCCGCAGUUCAUGCUACUGCCGGCUGGUGUGUACAUUCUUCUUUUCGCCUUCAGCUUAGACCCUUCCUCUGGCAUUUCCCAAUGCUCUGGGGUGGGAGAAAACAUCCAUCCAAUGAAAAUUUAGACAGCCAGGAUGUGUGUUCAAGCUUGAAAUUCACAAAGCUCCUCUGCUCUUUCUAAAACAUUAUGUCUCUUUCUUGAUAUAGAAAAUAAAAGUAACUUUUAUAGUU